AUGGCGCCAAACACAGGAGAUUCUACACUAGACGAUGAAAAGACUACUCAAUUAGAGGGUUCUGCCACAUCAACGACAACAGACCAACAAGAGAUUUGGUCUUCCAUUCUAAAAAGUGCUGCCUCUUCAAAGUUUGUUCCAACUAAAAAUGUAUUAAUACUUGGCGAUAGAGAUUCAGGCAAAUCUAGUCUCAUCAAACAGUUUAAAGGCGAAAACCGGGAAGAAAAAAUCUUACCUAAUGGAGUUACCGCAAAGACUGCUGGUGAUAAUAGCAACAACAAAGAAGAAACUGACACGAAUGAAGUUCACAAAAAAAAUGAUUUGGCGUUAAGCUAUACCUACUUAGACAUUAAGGAUAAGGAUGAAGCUGAAGAUACUAUUGCUCGUCUUGGUCUAUAUCAGCUCGCUGGGAGCCAGCCAGCUUAUCAUUCACUCCUCCGAUUUGUGCUCAAUGUUACAACUUUACCGGACUCGCUCGUGGUAAUUGUUCUUGAUUGGGCCCGUCCUUGGACGUUUGCCGAGACAUUACAGAGAUGGAUUAAGGUUUUAGAGAGUGCAAUACAGAAUGUGAAAGCUGAGGGUCAGAUACCUGGUUCGAAAGAUGGCUGGACUCAAGGCAAAGUGGUUGUUGACGGACUAGUAGAGUCACUUGAACGCUUCAUUCAGAAUUACAAGGAACCCAAGGAACCAAAUGCCGCUAAUACGAAUACUAAUGUUCCUGUUGAUGAUUCUGAUGUUGCAUUACCUUUGGGCCAGGGAACGCUUACACAGAACUUGGGAAUCCCACUGAUUGUUGUCUGUGCAAAGUCUGACCGUCAACAAGAAUUAGGGUACAACGAAGAGACAUUUGUAUUCAUUCAACAAAGCUUACGAACUAUAUGCCUAAAAUAUGGAGCUGCACUUUUCUAUACCAGCGUCAAACAAUCACAAACUUUUAGUGAUCUCCGCCAAUACAUUUUACAUCGGCUUCUCGGGGAAAACUCAUCUUCCAAUGACACUAAAUCAAACUAUGCCUUCACUAAAAAGGCGAACGUUAUUGCACAAGAUAUUGUCAUGGUUCCGGCCGGAUGGGACUCUUGGGGAAAAAUUAAAGUAGUACGAGAUGAAUUUGAUUGCGAGUCUUGGCUAAAAAGCUGGGAUCAUGAUAUGUUGGAAGGACAAUCGCGUGCGCGUAAUGAAGAAGUGGAGGAUGAGACUGAUCUUAGUUUCUUAAAAGAAUAUGAUUCGUUUGUGACUCAUAAGGAUUCUGAUAAGCCUACUAUUCAAAAUUUGAUAGUUGCAGAAGAUGAACAGGAGUUCUUUGAACGUCAUUUCGAUGCUCAACAAAAGGGCAUUAGUGAGCGCUUUACUUCUCCAUCAGUUGUUGGACCUAUGGCUGCUGCUACAUAUGCAUACACUAAUAUUGGAGGUAUUGAUUAUGCGUUGGAGGAACGAAUUGCGCGAUAUAGAUUAACUAAAUCAACUCCUGAACUUAUCACAACGACGAGUCCAGUAGCCCCCAAUGGUGCAGCACAACCACCAUCUCAAAAUGAGGUUAUUGCAAACUUCUUUCAAACGCUGCUCAACAAAAAAAAUUCUACGAAUCCAUCAUUGGGUACUCCGAGUUCUAGCCAAACCUCUCCUGAAAAUUCAUCAGUAAAUCUUACAUUAAUAACAGCUAAAAACCCCACCGUGACAGCAAAUGGACCAUCACGAAAAAUGAUUAAAGAUGAACUAGAUAAAAUUAAAACGCAAACUGCCAGCGCUGUUGGAAAAUAG